AUGGGUGAUCAGGACAAGCGCAUGAGCACUGAGCGUGGUGGGGAGUCGACACAGUAUGAGUCGAUCAAGACGGUGACGAAGGAGCCAUCGAAGCAGAGUGGGCAGCUGGGUGGCGGAUUUCAGAACACAGAAAGCGCAACAUCUGCAGGCGAGAAAUCGUCAAAAGUCGCAGAGAACAUACGCUACGGCCAGAACAUCUCCGAGUCGGGCAUGGGUGGCUUCACGAACUCGACAGGACAAGCUACGCAGGAGGGCGGAUACGGAGGCGCUCCGAAAGACAGUAGCCUCGAGCGGAAGACUUCAGACACGCGGGGCGCACAGGGCUAUGGCUCAGGAUCUGGUGUUGGCGGCUGA